AUGAUUUUUUUCAACGUUUUGUUUAUUGAGUUUGGCCGCGGCAAAAGCAUACCACUGACGCCCGACAACUCUAAUGUGGAGCUCUCCAAAGAACUAUCGAACGCAGGUCGUGUAAUCGUGGAAAAAUCAAUCAGAAAAUUACAGCGAGGAGAGUCCUACGACCAUUGUCAAUCGUUUGACGACAAAAAGUUUGUUAUCGACAAAAACGGCCGCAUAUGCGAGCGCAAAAAGAAAGGCCGUCUGUACAGUUUGGGCGGUAACGACCCACCGCGAAAGUGUCACCGAGGCCGACUGGAUCGGUUGAAAACUGUUGGUACCUUCGACAUCACAAACGAAAUCUCGCGGCUUAGCCAGAAAACGGUGAACCUGAACGAGCGCAUAAUUGGUAACCAAUUCUUUGUCCAAACUGGUGACAAUGUGGCCGCCACUUCCAUCGGUAGUGCAGCGGAUGGUAUCGGCGCCGGAAUAGUACCUUUCAUAGCGACCACUGCAUUUGGACCCGUUGUGAAUACCGGUGUCGGCAUACCCGAAAACAAACAGCAACUGUUCAACGUUAGACCUAGCAACGGUCCAAUGCUGUUGAAACAGAGCACUGAAAUCAUGCACCUGUCGCCCCAUCAUCAUCUACCACCCCAUCAUCCGCUGGUGCUGCAGCAGAUGCAUCAGCUGAAAGCCACCAAAAGUCGCAGCCUAAGUACGGGUUCCUACAUAACUAAAGAAUCGAGUGUUUAUUCUAGCGUAGAGAAGAUUAUCAAAUCUAAUAGUAAUUCCGACCUGAACGAAAACGCGCAAAAGACGAUCGACACUAUUCCGAAAAACCGUUCCCUAGAAGAUAGUAGAACAAUGAAGCUCAACCAGUCGCAUUCACCAAUGCAUAUGCGCAAACCGAUACUGCGUAAAUCCAAAAAGAUCGUCCGCACCGACUCAGAGUUUCUGAAAGGGAACAUCUACGAGAAGGAAUCUAGUUUAUCGAGUUCACAGUACACCCCUACUCACGACAAACGGCGGGAAUUCGCGGAGCACCGUAGCAGUAACCCGUCGUCGGAAACGCACAAAUCGACCGAUGAAAGUUCAAAAAACAUUUCUACGGACGAAAUCGAUACCGUUUUUUCCGACACUAUGGAAUUGGAACAGAUGGAAGCAGAUUACAAGAUGCACUUGAAGAAUAACCUCCAACGAGAGUACAAAAGCGAUAGCGAUACCUUGGACGAAGUUGGGAAGCGACACACAGACUACAGUACGUGGAAAAACCAAAGCUACGAAAACACCUUCGAUAUCCGCGAAGAGAAAGAGCAGGAAUUGAAAGAGAGUGGAAGUUCCUGCAAGGAUACCCUAAAGACUGAUGAAGUAAAAGCCGAAGCAGAACGAUCGAAAAGUUUAGAAGUUCCUGGUUCACAGAAAACGAUUAAUGGAGAACAGACAGCGGGACGAACGAUAGCACGGCCAACGGAGCUAGAGCUUGGAACAUCCUCAGACGGUGGUAAGCCAACCUCUACAGACGGUCCAUUUGGCCACCUGUUCGAGAAGAACUUGGGUCGUUUCAAAAAAAUGAAUAAACUUUUGAAGUGCAAACGGUUCAGCACUUCAGCGCUCUACGAUAAAAAAAGCAAACCCAAUUUCAAAGAGACGAUGUUUUUUGAGGAUAAGUCAUCCCCGCUGAAAACGAACACAGAAGCCACUAGAUCUCCAGUCAAGUCUUGUCAUUCCCAGUCGAAAGCUUCGAUUAGUUCGUCUAAAUCUUCCCUGUUCGGCACGAAGAAAAGCAAUGUUUUCAACCUGAAAGGCAAAAAAUUCCUGUUCUCCAACAGCAGCAGCACCGCGAACGACGGCAACUCGAAGAUAUCCCCGAAUAAAUCGAAAUCGAGCAAUGAAAUUAGCUAUUGCCGCACGAAGUCUGUGAAGUGUACGAAAAAAUCCGUCAAAACAAACAGCACCGCUUGUUUGAACCUGGAAACAACCUCCACGUCACCGCUGUCCGAAGCGUUUUACAACCCAACCGGCAGUGUUCGGCUAAGUGCCAUGGAAUUGUAUGAAAAGUUUUGCUCUCGAGAGUUUAGUGGACUGUACAAGCACGAAACCCUGCGACCAGAUUACGGGACAGACGAAGAUCCGGACCAUUAUGAUCCUAGUCGAAAUCUGGGAGCGAUACGCAAGUACAAACGAAAGAACUUCAAGCUGCUGCGACAGAAAAGCGAGCCGAAGUUUUCUUUUCGAAGCGAUACGUUGUACGAGAACGAAGAUAGUUAUGACGACUCGUGCUAUCCGGACGAGGAACCGAAAAAUGUGUAUGAGGUAGAAGACUAUAACCAAUUUCUGUAUGAUGAGCAGUAUUACGAGGAGGAUAUCGAAAAUUUAAGCAUUGAGAACAUCUAUUAUCGAGGCAAUCUGAUACGAGAGGAUGGCACAGUGGUGGAGGAUUAUGAAUACGAAGAGGAUGAAUAUGAGGGGGAAGAGGAGGAAGAAGAAGAAGAAGAAGAGGAGGAGGUGGAGGAAGAGAAUGAUGGAUUCGAAGAACAAGAUGAGGACGAACGAGAGCAAUGUGAGCAAGCAGUGGAGUUGGACGAUGGCAAUCUGGAACCACCGAUCAUUGAUGCGGUAACCGCAAUAGAUUCCGAUUGUGAUGAAAUAUAUCUAAUGCCACGAAAUGAAUCGAAUAAGUUAAUCAUUCGUGACUUCCUCUUCCACCAUACUAAUAAUGAGUUUGACACGGCUGAAGAUCAUUAUGAAGCCGGGCCAAUGAAGUUAGAACAACAUAACACCAGUAAUCAGGACGAGGAAACCCUGACGAUCUAUAAAAUCUGUUCCAAAGAGAGUAUUUUGGACUCAAAAGCUGACCUAGACAAUAUUGCACCCAGCUCAUCACUAGAUCCGUACUUUCUCAAGUCGGACUGCUUGACAGCACUAGAACGGACCGUUUCACUGGAGCUUCUUAGUAAUUCCAGCGGGACGCUCAACAAAUCCACGUUAACAGAUUACGCAUUUGAUACAGUUAAAAAUGUUAAUCUAGAUAGCUGUAGCACUUCGAGACUAAGUCUAUCGUUGAAGAGUGAAAUCUUCGAGGAAACUCUAGCCAAUGCCACCCACAGUGGAUCGGGAAAAAUAAAACAAAUUAAAAAUUGGAACAUUGAAGACUUUACCCUAACUCCCGACGGGUCAGUUUCAGAUGAGACCAUAGAUGAAAUGCUGAAAUCUCAUCUGAUCGAAGAAGUUGAUACGGAAAUGCUUCCUCAAGAAGCACCCCCGAGUUCGAAGCCAGAUUCGCAAGAUCACGCAAAUGUGCCAACCAGCGAAUACACGAUCAUAGAUCUGGAUGAGGAACCAUAUCGACUUGACCCGACAAUAUCCGAUUUCACAAACGAGAUAACAAAGGAAUUUGAUUUAUUAUUUUCGCGAGCAGAAACCGAAUCACAUGCCCCUAGCUACUCUGGCAGUCCAAAGAACGAUAACGACGAGGAUGAUCCGAACGUUGUUCAAGCCUGUCUCGAACUGUUGGAUCCGAAACCGGCGGUGGUAAUAGACCUCCCCACUCGCUACUCCAUGCAAAAGUUAGAGCCCAUCAACCUAGAUGCUGAUGAGAUUAGCAUUACAAGACACGUUAAGGACCAACCUAAAACAGAACACGAGAGUGCCAAAGCAGUAGCUGUAGAUAAAAAAUGUACAGUAGAUAAGCAUAACGUUUCGGACGACGGUCGGACCGGUGGCUCGGCGACAGCAGCCGUGGGUGAUGUUCGUUUGCGAAAAGCUCGUAGUCAAUCCUUGGGUAACCUUAAGAACAAAGCCAAAUGUUUUCCAUUAUAGAAGAUAAGAAACGCUGUAAUUAGACAACUAGCGAUAUAGCGUACGUGGACAAUUUUUGUACAUUUUUUACUGCGGAUCAUCAUUAUUUCGUUCAUCGUUAGUAUAAGUGUCAGGACUGAAUGGCGGAUACAGUUCAAAACUGUGCAAAUCUAACCCAUCAUAAACAGCACCUACAGCUAGCGAAUCGAAAUUUCAUAAAUUCCUCUACAUGCUAACAGCUCCAUCUAGGUAGUAGUACCCAAUUGUAAAAAGCCUCAUCUCUCAUUUGAGUGAUAGUGUAAACAGGUGCAAAUGAAGUAUCGUAGCGUUCAUGAAAUUAUAAAUGAAACAAAAAACAACAACAUGUAAAUUAAAACCAGAAAAAGAUAAUAUGUUCUAAAACUCAAUAGCUAAACUAAAUUGUAAAGAAUGUGUAAAACACUUCUUUCUGAAAUCCUACAUUUAAGCAAACCCUAUUCAGUACAUCAUGGACACGCCUACACCGACACGUACACACCAUCACUUACACUUUAUAUAUACACUCUCACAACAUAUAGGAAAAGUAACAUAAAUUUAUACACAUAUUCCAUUUGUUGUUUAUUGAUUACUAUAUAUUUUUUAAAGUUUAUCACGUAUUCAAACCCGAUAUGAGAGGAAACAUUAUACAAAAAAAAACACGCAAAGGAAAAGUAAUGGGAAUUUCUCCGUAACAAGGUAAACUACUGAUUUGAUAUUACCUUUAGACAUGUGGUAGUUGAAACAAAAAAAAAUAUUAAAACAAAAGUGUGAUACAAUGAGAAAACAAUGGUUAAUUGUUGUAAUGAAAAUUCGGUCAUGAAAAGACGAUAGCUAUUAAUUUGUUGAAUGUAAUAUAUAUAAAACAAAACCUAGUAAAGCAUCAUAACUCGGUGUUGUUUGCUCAAAUCCAAUUUUAAACGGUAUAGUCAUACAGACAUUAAUUAGAUUAUAAAAAAAAAACACGUGAAAAAAUAAAGUUAACUUUUUACCAUCUUAAGAAGAAACCUAUAUUUUUAUAAUCUAAUAAAUAGCUUUCAACCGUUUCCACGAAGCGGUACUCUUGCAACCAAGCUUGUAGUUUUCUGCAGUAAUGACUACAAUUUUAUACGAUAAACAUUUUAAACAAUUAUUGAACUAGUCUCCUUCAAUAUGGCCUUAUAUUAAAAAUCUGGACUGUAUCAAGCAACUUCAUUUUUCAUAUCCAAGAAAAUUAAUCGUUACUACUUCAUAAGAAAUCGACCAAAGCUUGUUUUAGAAUUAGUAACUACUGUUGCUAUUAGCAAUACAACUUACACGCGUACAUUAAUAUAAUAAAAUAGGCUAUUGAUACCGAAAAAUCCAAAACCAAUGUUUGCUCUUUUUCGGCUAAAUAACUGCUGUUUUAAAACAUUGAAUUUUACAUCCUUUCUAGCCAAAAUGAGCAAACGACGCCGAGUUUUCAAUCCACCAUUAUUGUUGUCACGAUUGUCACUGAAACUUUUAUAGCUGCGGAGAACAUGUAAAGUCCAUGUUUGUAUUUGUAAAAUCAGAAAAAAAAAACAGUGGGUAGGAUACAGUAGAGGUUAAAAUUCCGUUUGUUUGAAUCAAAAAUAUCCAUUGGUGUUAUGAUUUAAUGUUGAAACUGUGUCAAGGUGAUUAAAAUACAAAACAUAUACUAUUGUUGUUAAAUGUUUUAUAUUGUUUGUACCAUAGGCAUGAGUGAAGUACCUUAAUGUUUUCCUAAGUAUGCCAGGAAUUAUUGGAAAUACUGCGUUUAUUGGAUUAUGAAAAGGCUUGUUUUCAGAAACAGUUGUUUGCCCAAGUUCCACUAUAGUCAAAGUUGUUAAUGUUUACCACAAAUUCGAACUAUAUAUGACGAAAUGAAUAGAGAACAAAAUCCCAUUGUUAAACUUCACACUAGGAUGCUUAAUUUUUUUUUCCGUGGAUCCCAUAACCACCCCAGCAUCAAUUCUAUAGAACAAAUGUAAUCAAGCAAGCAAAUAUGUAACAAUAAAAAGCAAAUCUCACGCGAUAUAUACUAUAAGAAAUGAAACAAAACAUAACCGCUGAUGAGAUUUCGUUCCGGACGACUGUUUGACUGAAAUUUUCAAAGAUGAUCUCCGGACUUUUUUUCAAUAGGAAGAAAUAUAUUUUUAAUUGGUGGACAAACAGUAAAGUGGAGAAAACUUGACAAGAAAAAUUCCUUUUGUUACAUUUAUAAUUAGGUGAAAAAAAUAAAAAAAUAUUUUUAUAGCAAAUAAAAAUCAUAUAAAAUA